AUGGUGAAGGCCCAGUCUUUGAAAAAACCGGAGGUCAAGCCGAAUGCUACGGAUUCUGUAGUUGCAACAAAGCCUAUAAAGAAACGCCGCCCAUGGCGCAACAAAGUGCGCAAGCAAGCCAAGAAAGCACAAAAAGAAGCAGAAAGGGCGGAACGAGCGAAAAACACUCCAAUCCCAGUUGGAGAGUCCGCUGUUAAAAAGAAAAAGAAGAAGAAAAGGAAGAAGAAGAAGUUUAUAGACAGUGUUGAGAAGAUAGAAGAGAAAACUCCGAGUAAGGAAUCUUCUACUCGAGAAAGCCUUGAGAAACUUGAGGCUGGUCGCUUCAGGUAA